AUGGCUGCCACAGACAAGCCUCAGAUUGGGGCCCAUGGCGUGCGCCUCAACAGGGGCCUGGGCAUCACGGAGCGCAUUGCCCCCAAGAUGGAGAGCUGGACUGGCGAGACGCGCGUGAGGUUCACCGACUUCCAGGUCAAUGAGAUCAGCAAGGAUGGCACCGUCGUUCAUCUCAAGGAGACGAAGCUCGUCGAGCUUCCUGCCAAGUCUGCACCUGCUCCCGCCUCUGCUGCUGCCACGACAGCAGAGAAUCCCAAGUCACAGGACACAAAGGAGGCUUCUGGUGAUGCACAAGCUCCCCAGGGUGCUGAGGGACCCCAUGGAAACGGCACACGGCACAACGGAGCCGCGCCGCCCGACGCUGCGCCUGAGAUCCCGGAGCCCGCCGCUGCAGACAUCCAGGCCAUCACAGACAUCACAAGCGCCGAGUUCGCCGAGAGCCUCGUGGCCAUUUACCAGGCGGCCGCCGCCAAGAAGACGAUUCCGCCGCCAGCGAGGUCGCCGCCGCUCGAGGACAAGGAUCAACGUGGCCAGCUGCACCAGCUCGUGCGCCGCGUCUUCCACUCGCUCAUCGACACGACGACCGACAACUCCGACCCGUCCCUCGCCGGCGCCAUCAUCGUCGCCUCCGGUCGUCCACCACGCCCCUCCAAGGCCUACAGCCAGGCAAACCGCAUGAAGACGGGCAGCAACCGGCGCAACGCCAAGGGCAAGGUCAAGGCCGAAGGCGAGGGCGAAUACCUCCACUUCACGCUCUACAAGGAGAACCGCGACACCAUGGACGCCAUCCACCAGCUCGCCCGCGCCGGCCGCGCCAAGCCGCAGCACUUUGCCUUUGCCGGCACCAAGGACCGCCGCGCCGCCACCGCCCAGCGCUGCUCCGUCCGCUGGCUCAAGGCCGAGAACCUCCACGGCGUCCAGGCGCGCGUCCACGGCCUCGUCACGGGCGACUACCGCUACGAGAGGCACCCGCUGCACCUGGGCGGCCUCCAGGGCAACGAGUUUGUCAUCACGCUGAAGAAGUGCCACCUCGCCGACCCGGCGUCCGAGGCGCUGCCGGCGGCGGCGCGCGAGGCCGCCAUCCGCGGCGCCGCCGAGACGGCCCUCGAGAGCAUGGCCUCGCGCGGCUGGCUCAACUACUUUGGCCACCAGCGCUUCGGCACCUACGCCGUCGGCACGCACGAGGUCGGGCGCCUCAUCCUGCAAGAGGAUUUCGAGGGCGCCGUCGACGCCAUCCUGUCCUACAAGCCCGAGGUCGCGCAGCGCGCCGUCGACGGCGAGGACCCGGCCGAGGCGCACCUCCGCGACGAGCUCAACCGCCACCGCGCCUGCAUGCUCUUCCAGACGGGCGACGGCGCCGCCGACGACGCCCUGCACUACCUGCCGCGCCGCUUCACCGCCGAGGGCGCCAUCAUGCGCCACCUCGGCCGCAACCCGGCGUCGCGCCGCGACUUUCACGGCGCCCUCAACGCCAUCCCGCGCCAGCUGCGCAACAUGUACCUCCACGCCUACCAGUCGUACGUCUGGAACCACGCCGCGAGCCGCCGCUGGGCGCUGCACGGCGACGCCGUCGUCGAGGGCGACCUCGUCGUCGUCGACGCCGCGCCCAAGCCCGACACGUCCGUCACGGACCCGGAACUCGUACGCGCGGAGCCCGACGGACAGGCCCACGGCCCCGGCCCACACGACGACGACGACGAGCCCGACGAACCGACAGCCGCCCGCGCGCUGACCGCCGAAGAAGCCGCCUCGGGCCGCCACACCAUCCACGACGUCGUGCUGCCGUCGCCCGGCCACGCCGUCCUCUACCCGUCCAACGCGCUGGGCGCCUUUUACGAGUCCUUCAUGGCGCGGCCCGAGAACGGCGGCCUCGACCCGCACAGCAUGACGCGUCGCCACCGCGACUUCAGCCUGCCGGGCACGUACCGCCGGCUGACGGCGCGCUUCCUCGGCGUGCCGGCCGUCGAGGUGCGCCGGUACCGCGACGAGGAGGAGCAGAUGCACCCGACCGACCUCGACCGCGUGCGCGCCGCGCAGGCCGUCGAGGCGCAGGAGGCGGCAGCGGGGCGGAAGAGGAAGUGGGAGGCGGAACAGGCGCAGACGCAGACGCAGACACAGACGCAGGAGCAGGGGCCAGAGGCGAAGAAGGCCAAGGUGGAGGGACAGGACGACGUUGUCAUGGGCGAGGCAGCCGAGGCGGUUGGGACAUCCGCGGAAGCGGGCAAGGAUGCGUCUGCCGUGACAACAGAGGCGGCCAAGACGGUGGUGAGCGACGAGGAGAAGACAAAGGUUGCCGUCAUUGUCAAGUUCCAGUUGGGCAAGUCGGCGUACGCCACGGUGGCAUUGCGAGAGCUCAUGGGCGAGGAGGACGCGGGAGAGCAGCAGACACAGGAAACAUCCGCUUGA